GCAUGCUCCAAGUGCCUAAGCUCCAAAUUUCGCAUUGGAUUGAAGUUCGACGCGGACGACGGUACAACCGACACACCAUACCUCUACUCCGCACAGCGAUGCCCUGAGGGUCAUUGCUAGUCGGAUCGCAAUAAUGACCACUCCAAGGGCCGGUCUGGCCUUGUUAAGAGGCUGCACUAGAACACGAAGGAUACAAUGGCAGUCUCUUGAAAAGGGCCUCCAGGCCCUCAGCAUUACGCCGGCACGAGCCACGAUUCGAGCAUCAUCGACCCAGGCGGAACCAAUGAACCCAGCAGAUGCGGCUACCAAAGGAAUAGCAAUGAUUACGCAUGCCCGUCCUCUCCCUGUGUCACCAUCCUACUUCACCCUUUCAGCAAGGUUCAAUGACGACUUCAUCAAGAUCCAGAACCUGUACCGCCGCUUCCAACACGUUCCUCACGCACCCCCCGACAAGGUCCCACGCGUAGCAUGGCGAAAGUUCCAGGACUACCGCGCAUUUUGCGGUGAGGCGGUGCGCGCCAGCCACUACAGUGAAUGUAUCGCCAUGGCGAAGCAUCUGCACAAGAUCCACCCGGACCUGAAAAGCGAAGAGGUCGUCCAGGCUCUACACCCGUUCAAGCGUGAUAUCAACGCACACGGAAACGCCGUUCGCACCAUUCCCAUCGACAAGUUCGGUCGAGCCCUGGGUACCGGCAGGAGGAAGACGUCGGUUGCUCGUGCCUGGGUCGUUGAGGGUUCAGGAGAGAUUAUUAUCAACGGCAAGAGCUUGGCGGAGGCUUUCGGUCGUGUUCAUGACCGCGAGAGCGCCAUCUGGGCCCUGCGGGCUUCUCAGAGGCUGGACAAGUAUAACGUUUGGGCAUUGGUGGAGGGCGGCGGCCCGACUGGUCAGGCAGAGGCGAUGACGCUGGCGGUCGCCAAAGCUUUGAUGGCUCACGAGCCCGCUCUCAAGCCGGCAUUGCGGAGAGCCGGUUGUGUGACCCGUGACCCGAGGAUGGUCGAGAGAAAGAAGCCCGGUCACGUCAAGGCUAGGAAGAUGCCUGCUUGGGUUAAGCGUUAAGCUACCUUCACUCGCGCGAGGUAGUUGGAGGGAAAUAUGGCAACGACAGUUGAGGGAGCAGAACUUGGACGAGUCGCAUGAUGAGUCGCCUAUCGGGGGUUGGGUACUCUUUGCGGCCACAGUAUCGUGCUCUGGAAAAGCUAUUCCAGACUGCUACAGCGGUCAGGUUCCGCCACCGUCGUGCCAGGGACCCCGAGCAAGGAUCUCUGCCGUGUAGGCAACGGACGCGACCUCACGAGUCCGAGGCCUGCAUGGUGAUGAGAUACUUACCAUGUAUUAUUCCCAUGUACAACCAUACAAAUGUGGCAUAUAUACGGAGCGUUAUACAUUGUUUCACCCUCCGGGCCCAAUCCAGGGCCACCUCAGAGUGGACUUUACGAACAAGCGCGUCAGCUGGUGAUGUUUCUUGUUCAUUAAUUUUGGAAUUGGUCGUACGGAGCUUGCUCAACAAAAGCCACUUAAAGCCACCGGCACGAUAGACCAAUCUCAGCAGGCCUUCCACGCCUGUCAGCCACAAGACACUCUAAUUGAUGAUGGUUCUUUCUUUGUCCAGAGGUAGGUGCCGGU